UAUCUUCCACCGCUAAAUUUUACUGUACAUGGUGAAACAACGAGUUAACCAUUUUUGUUUCGAGAUUUAACACAUUUAAUUGUGAAAAGAAAUUUGAAAUAUGAGUGCAAAACAGAUCUUAUUUACGGAUGCAUUAUCAGUGAAUAUCUCAAAUAACUCCUUACUGACUGCUGUUGGCAAUGAAGUGUUUUACCUUAGAAGAAAUUCGAUUGUACGGGUGACAAAUAAAAUGCAUUAUAAAAAAAUACAUGGCUCGGUAUGUAACCAAAAAUCUGAGCUUACAGGAUUGAUACUACUUUUUGCCGAAAAUGAGUUCUCUCUUUAUAAAUAUGAUCUUACUCAGAAAGAAAUGUUUAUAUUAAUUUACGAAGGUGAGACAAAGGACUGGAUAAAUGCAGCCAUAUAUAUAAAGGACGAAGAAGGCUGUCAAUUUGUGUUACAUAUGGCUCACAGCUCGCUUUUGCGUUUACAAUACGAUAACAUGAAUAAUAUGAAAUUUGGAAAAUGUACUGUAUUAGAACUAGCACGUUGUACAGAUUAUUCUAUGUUAUAUAACACGGCCUUAUAUGGUAGUAGCUAUAAUAAGCUUAUUAUUAUAAGCGGAAAUUCAUUUGGAGAAAUUCUUAUUUGGCAGCCCCAUACUCCAGUUAAUUUUAAUAAUAGUGCUCGUUCAAACAUAUACCCACUUCUCUUGCGUCUUAAGGCGCAUAAUGGUGUUGUAUUUUCUAUUGACUUCAAUUUAACAGCUCAAUUGCUGGUAACCACAUCCGAUGACCGCUCCUUAAAACUUUGGAAAUUAAAUUCUAAUCUAGAGAUGAAAUUUGAUUCAUCGCUGAUUAAACCUCUUUGCAGUUGCUAUGGACAUACUGCACGAGUUCUUUGUGCUAUAAUUGCGAAAUAUGGGGAUCGAAUUUUUAUUAUUAGUGGCGGAGAGGAUUCUUAUAUAUGUGUUUGGAGUCAAACAGGUGAAAUGAUAUUUAAACGACGUGAACAAUUUGGAGCAUCGAUAUGGCGUCUUGCUUUUGACCAUGUUUCAGCGAAACUCUAUAGCACUGGCUCAACUGGAAAUAUUCUUACCUAUAAUCUAAAAAACAUUUUAGUUUCAAAAAAAAACUAUUCAAUUCAACAAAUGCAUAUGGGUUCAUCUAAUGAAUUUUUGAUAAAAGUUAAAUACCUUAAUUACAGUACAAUCAUUGCUCUAAGCAAUAAAAAUAACAUGUACUACAUGCGUCUUGUGAAUUCACAAAAAACGCCAAUUUGGGAAUCAGUUUCCAUUUUUCCCGCAUAUAAGUGCACAGUUCUAACUGUAUCUGAUAAUAUAGUCGCUACUUGUGGCUAUCAGCGUGUUACACUUCUAAGCUAUCACGUCGAUACAGGAUGUUUUAAACAACUUUAUGAUGGAAUAAAGCUUGAAGGUCUUAUUCAAUCAUUUCACUUUCUGACAAAACAGUUAUAUUUAAUAUCUGAUGAAUAUGGAAACUGUCUUCUACUAAAGGGAUGUAAUAUGGAUGUUGAAGGUAGUAUAAAUAUCAGCAAUUGUCGUAAUACUUGGAUUACAGCUGCUGUACUUGUGAAGUCAAAUUGUUUUAUAAUAAGCUGUCGCAAUGGAAAUAUUAUGCUCGUCACACGAGAAAAGUCUUCGCAUUUACAACUAAAGAAGAUACUUAAAGGUUUGCAUGGCAAAAUUGGAUCGAUUGUCCUAAAAUUGUUAAAGAUUGAUGAUAAAUAUGCAUACAUAUUAAGUGCGGCGCAUGAAUCAACUUUAAGAGUUAUAUGUUUAAAUUUAACUGAUUAUCGAUUAACUGUUUUACAACGUCAGAGUGUACCUCUAGCUUGGAUAGAAGCAAUGCCGACAUUAGAUGUAUUGAUUGGAUUCAAUGAUAAUCAUCUUGUGGCAUGGUCUCAUAAAAAUGGCGUAAUUUUACAAUUGCAAUGCGGUGGGGGCCAUCGUUGUUGGGAUUACCAAUUAAAUAAUGAAGUACUUGAUAUAAUAUAUAUUAAGCAAAAGCGUGUAUUUCAUCAUCGUGAACAACUUUACAAUGAAGCGCCUGGAUGCUUAAGUAGGGCUUUUCGAAAUAAAUGGCAUAUAAGAAGCUGUAAUAUUAUACAAAUAGUUGAGCAAAAUAAUAAUUCGCAACCAUAUCUUGUAUCAGCUGGUGAUGACAAUAUUAUAAAAAUUAGUCAACUGAAUGGUAAAUCAUUUAACCCAUGUGCCGAGUUGCAUACGCACAUUUCAACCGUACGUCAUCUCGUAUUGCAUCCAAUUAAAUCUGAAACUGAUGUUAUAUAUUGGCUAAUAUUCUCAGUUGGAGGGCGGGCGCAGUUAUGCAUCAAUAAGUUUGAGCCAAAUGGUCCAGUCGCAAGUGAAUUGUGUUCACAUACAGUCAGAAUAAAUAGUGACGGCAACAAUGCCUUACUCGAUGCUCGAUUGAUGGCAGUUAACGUUCUACAAAGCGCUACAGAUGGAACAUUUUUUCUUUAUGUUGCCAGUGCCGAUGGAAAAAUUCGUUUGCUUCAAUGGCAACUAGAAAAACCUUCUCAACUUGUCUUAGAUUACAUUAUUGAUAUUAAACGAUGUCCGCUGCAGAUGCAGGCUUUAAAUAAUCAUAAUUUGUUGCUUAUCACAACCACAAACGGAAUACUUUAUGGUUUUGAAAACAGUCUACGUUUUAAGCGAUUUGAAAUACAGUUGCAUGCUACUAGUAUCAGCGCUUUUGAAACACUUUAUGAUGGUUUACAUUUACAUAUUUUAUCCGGUGGAGAUGACGAAACGAUAAAGCACACCAUAAUUAAAACAACUGAUAUGACUAUAUUACAAAGCGUGAAGUUUUCGGAGAUACAUAAUGCUCAAAUAACCGCAUUGAAUCUUCACUUAUCACAAGGCGCUUGUCAAACCAUAUAUGCAUAUACAUGUAGCAUGGAUAAGCAAAUAUAUAAGUUAAACCUAAAGACUUUGCAAUACAACCGUAUUGGUUUUACAUGUUUAUCCGAUGUCAAGGGAAUACUUAAUAUAAAUCAGUGCUUAUUUAUUUAUGGCUGUGGACUACAAGUAAUCGCUCUGGACAAUAAAUAAAAUAUUUUAUAACAUUAAACAUAGUAAUAUAAAGUACAUGUGUGCUUAACUUGACUGUUUAGCCAAUGUUUUCACUUGUGCUUUUAUGAACAUUUUUUUACAUCGAAAUUAUAAUUAAAAUAAGGAUAUAAAAAUGCAUGCAAGAUGCCUUUUCUGACCGCCGACACUAUUACAACUAUGUACAUACUUUUGGGUCGCGGUAAUUUGUCCCCUGCUAAAUUGAUUUCAAUAUGUUUUGCAAAUUUUAAAAUAAAUGAUGUUGAGAACUAAACUAUCGAUAACUAUUGCCAUUUAUUGUUAUCGAAGAAAAAAUUUAUCGAGUGUCAGCUAUUAAAUUAUAACUCCUACGUCUUUGAAGUCAGACUCGCAAAAUAGCUGUCGUUUUAUAUACACAUGCCAGAAAAACUAUGCGUACAGGCCUAAUGAGCGACUUUGAUA